ACUCUACCUAUUUAUCAUUGGAAAUUAAUUUGUCUGUUUGUUUUUAUUGAAUAUUACAUUAGUUCUUGACUUAAUAAUAGAAAAAUAGUGUUACAUUGUCAAUAUUAAUUGUCAUGUUUGUGUCACAAUUGAAUUGUUAAAUACUAAAAUGUUGAAACUUCAACACAUAAUAGUUAGUAAUAUUUUAUCGUUUAUAUAAUUCUACUAUUACUAAAUAGUAAAUAAAAAAUAACAUCUUAGUUAGUGAUUUAUUAUUUAACUACAAGUAUUGCCUAUUCUUCAAAUAGGUAAAUAAUAUUGAAUUAAACUCAAAAAUAUAAAUCAUUUUCUAUCAAUUAAGUUUUAAUAUACGAGUACUUGAUUCGUUCUUUCACUAUGAGUCAAUUGUUAAAUAUACCAGAAUCAUAUAAAGACAUCACAACUGCUGCUAUAAAAGGAAUAGAAGGAUGUGAUAAUGAUACGGUGAUCUGUACAACGGACAAAAAGCUUAUGACUUUUUUCAAAGGAUGUCUGAUGAAAAAUUGUAAUGUGGACAUUGAAGUUAAACAUUUAGAACCAUUUCUUCUAUAUAAUGAGCCUAAAAUUGAAGUUUAUUAUAUUUUACAUGGAGAUAAUAAAGUUGUAAUAGUCAAAGAAGAAACAAGUCUUAAGAUUAUUACAACAUAUUCCAAUGUGUAUGAAAUGGUUGUCCAUGAUCAUAAUAAUUCGGGAAUACCUCAACUUUAUAUAAGAACUGACAAAGGUUUUGAAUUGAUUGAUAUUUUUGAAAAUAAGGAACAAAUUAGUAGUGUACCUCAAGAAACUUCUGUUGUAUAUUCAUUUUGUAUGAACAAAUUACAACAUUUAAAAACAUUAUAUGACACAGAAAGAAAUAAAAUAUCACAAAAAACUACAUCUUUUAUCAGUGCUGUAAUGCAAGUAUCUAAUGAUGGUACUUCUGAUGUUAAAUUGUUAUCGAAUGUUAUAACAAAAAGUUCUUGGCUAAAAUUAUCUAAUGAAAAUCUUGUGUAUGGAUUUACUCUUCAAAACACUUCAAAAUUACCUGUAUCAAAUUUUAAUCUAAUACUAUUAGAAGACAAUACACAAAUUUGGUCAAAAUUUCGUUAUGAAUGUUGGGCAGUUGAAAAGAAUAAAAGUGGUUUUAACUUUUAUAGUGAUAAUAAAAAUACUUGUAUUGAAAAAAGUCCCAUGCGUUUAAAUUCUGAAAGUUCAAUCAUAAUUACAAUUGUCAUUGAUAAUUGGAACACUAAAUCACUUCCAUAUUUUGUUAAUAGCAUGGUGUACAUAAAUAACAAAAUUGAUGAUAGGAUACAAUACAUUAAUUCUGAUAAAAUUAUGGUUACUGCAAACUUAUUCUUGGAUAAAGAAUUUGAUACAUUUGUUAAAAAUGGUAUUUUUGUUGAAGAUUUAGUGACAGUACGUUGCACUAAAUUAGUCUCAUGUUAUCGAAUUAAGAGUACCAUGUGUCAUGAAGAUCUAAAAAAUAUGAUGAUGAACAAUUUUAAGUUUGAUGUAAAACAUGAAUGGCUUGUUCACAGUUCAUUAUCGUGGUUAAGAACAAUUAUAUGCUAUUUGGAUCCAUUAUCGCCUUUAGAAUAUAUUCUUAAGGUUUAUUCUGACUCAUUGGGGUAUACAAAAACAUUUAUUCAAGUACUAAGUACGAUGUUAUCCGAGCACACUAUAAUUAAUUGUCUAGAUACUAAAGUACCAACAUAUUAUAAUAUUGAUACUGUUAUGCUAGAUUUAAAGGAACUUCGAAAUAUAUUUAAAAGAUAUUUGAAUAAACAAAUAAUAAUACCAAGAGAACAAUGGAAUAUAACUCGUUGUAGAUUGUCGUUUACCUGACACGUCGAACACGUCUCCUCGAUGAUGCCGGGUGAUGGAAACGGUGGCGAAAACGGUGUCCAAUAGGAGCAGGAGCAAGGCCGUCGUUAGCGCCGGCGAAGACUGGGAACGAGACGUCAUAAUAUCAGACCUCGUGUCGUUGACGUCCGCGCACGCCCGCCACCUGUGGCACGAGACGGCGGCGGCGACGACAACUUUCGCCGUCCGCUCUUCUUCAGCCGGCACCGCCGUCGCACUCGUCCUCCAUCCGAUCACCGACGUCCGCCGCUAAACUAUCUGUACAUCGUCGUGAAACAAACACCAAAACAAAAAACAAUCAAUACAUUUUAUAUCCUUUGUACGCCGUUUAAUAUUAUCGAAUUUUGUAAUAACAUUCACGUGUCGACAUGGCGCGUCUUAUCUUUUUAAUAAAACAUAGUAUUUUGAGCAUUAUAA